AUGUCAACUAAGGAAAUUGUAAUUUCUGCAGAUACAACAAUUGAUGGUACCAGAAAUCGAGCAAUGGCUAAAGCAACGACAAAAAAAGCAGAUACAACAACCUAUGUUAAAACAGAAAAUACAAAUACUAUAACUGAGACAACUACCAUAGAUACUAUAACUGAGCCAAAUACCAUAGAUACUAUAACUGAGCCAACUACCAUAGAUACUAUAACUGAGCCAAAUACCAUAGAUACUAUAACUGAGCCAAAUACCAUAGAUACUAUAACUGAGACAACUACCAUAGAUACUAUAACUGAGCCAAAUACCAUAGAUACUAUAACUGAGCCAAUUACCAUAGAUACUAUAACUGAGCCAAAUACCAUAGAUACUAUAACUGAGACAACUACCAUAGAUACUAUAACUGAGCCAAAUACCAUAGAUACUAUAACUGAGCCAAAUACCAUAGAUACUAUAACUGAGACAACUACCAUAGAUACUAUAACUGAGACAACUACCAUAGAUACUAUAACUGAGCCAAAUACCAUAGAUACUAUAACUGAGCCAAAUACCAUAGAUACUAUAACUGAGACAACUACCAUAAAUACUAUAACUGAGCCAAAUACCAUAGAUACUAUAACUGAGACAACUACCAUAGAUACUAUAACUGCGCCAAAUACCAUAGAUACUAUAACUGAGCCAAAUACCAUAGAUACUAUAACUGAGACAACUACCAUAGAUACUAUAACUGAGACAACUACCAUAGAUACUAUAACUGAGCCAAAUACCAUAGAUACUAUAACUGAGCCAAAUACCAUAGAUACUAUAACUGAGACAACUACCAUAGAUACUAUAACUGAGCCAACUACCAUAUAUACUAUAACCGAGCCAACUACAUACAAAACGUCAACUCAGGAAAAUGCCUUAAAAACAAAAACUGAGGCAACACCAACAGAAACUACAACUGAGGCAGCAACUUUAAACAACAUAACUGAGGCAACAACUUCAGAGACUACAAGUGAUGCAAUAACCUUAGAAACUACAACUGAAAAAACAACUUAA